AUGAAUGGCAUGGAUAAAGAGAAGUUGGGCGACCUUACAGUAUCAGAUCUGAGGCGGGCGGAAAUAGCAAUGUUGCGGGUAAUCCAGUCAAGAUAUUACUCCUAUCCGAAGAAACUUCAGUUGCGAGUGGAGAAGAUGGACGAUGGACUUCUUCACGUCAAGACAAAGUUGGAGUACAAGGAUGACACUGAAGGAUUUAGGUACCCAAUCAUGCUACCUCAAGACUGCCCACUUAUUCAUGAAUUGAUUCGAGAAGUGCACCGGAUGCAUUCUCAUGGAGGAAUUCAGUUUAUUUUAACGAAACUGAGAGAAAAAUACUGGAUCCCUCAAGGAAGGAAGACCGUGACGAAGGCGCUGAGAGAAUGUCUUGCCUGUAGGAAACAAGACGCCAAGCCUUUACAAGUCAACCCUGUGGCGCUGCCGAAGAGAAGAGUGACCACAGGCGAAGCUUUCAGCACAACUGGUGUGGAUUUGGUUGGUCCACUAUUCCUGAAGGAUAGGAAGAAAGUGUGGAUCGUGCUAUACACUUGCGCCGUGUACAGAUGCGUCGCUUUGGACCUGGUGGAAUCUUUGAGCUCUGAAGCAUUCAUCAACUCAUUGGAGAGAUUUAUCUGCACCUAUGGGCGUCCAAACAGACUGUAUUCGGACAAUGGGACUAAUUUUGUUGGUGCUCCUUCCCUUUUCAUGAAGAUUAAUUGGGAUAAAAUAGAACGAGCAAGCCAAGUCAAACAAAUUCAGUGGAUUUUUAAUCCUCCUACUGCAGCCUAG